CUUUCUUGGCCUGUGUAGCACCAUCCGUGGUGAAGGAACCAGACAACCAAGUCUGCGGUCCAAGCUUGCCUGUGUGCGAUUUGGAGCAGUGGAAACCUCCUGCUGGCGCAUCCAUCAUGCGUACUUGUCCUGGCUCAGAAUUUACAAGAGAAAAAGAGGCCAGAAUUUCGUGCCAUCUUUGGGCCGGCAGACUUCCUUAACGACAUUGGUGAUACCCGAAGCUAAGCAGAGCGUGGCUUACAAAGACUUUAUUUAUUUCACCGUCUCCGAAGGAAAUGUUCGCAACAUUUCUGAAGUCGUGGUGGAGUAUUUAUGCUCUCAGCCUUGUGUAGUGAAUUUGGAAGCCGUUGUUUCAUCUGAGUUCAGAAGUAGCGUUCCAGUAUACAAAAAAAGGUGGAAGAAUGAGAAACAUCUCCACACCAGCAGGACGCAUCUAGUACAUGUGAAAUUUCCAAGCAUCAUGGUUUACAGAGAUGAUUAUUUCAUCAGACACUCCAUUUCCGUGUCCAUGGUCAUACUCCAUGCCUGGAUUACUCACAAAUAUAGUGGUGGAGACAUGAAUGUUAAAUGGGAGGAAAACUCGCUACACGCCGUAGCAAAGAAUUUUACUCUGCUGAAGCCAGUCCCGCCUUUUGAACGCCCUUUCAAAGACCAUCAAGUGUGCCUUGAGUGGAACAUGGAUUAUAUUUGGAACCUUCGGGCAAACAAGAUUCCCCAGUGUCCUUUUGAAAACGAUUUGGUCACCCUCCUGGGCUUUCUCUAUGCCUCCAGUGGAGAGAACACAGGCAUUGUGAAGAAGUUCCCAAGGUUUCAGAACCGUGAGCUGGAGGCCACCCGACGCCAGCGGAUAGAUUACCCAGUGUUUACUGUUUCAUUGUGGCUUUACUUACUCCAUUACUGCAAGGCUAGUCUCUGCGGGAUUUUGUACUUUGUUGAUUCUAAUGAGAUGUACGGCACGCCUUCUGUAUUUCUUACCGAAGAGGGCCACUUGCAUAUUCAGAUGCAUCUUGUCAAAGGAGAAGAUCUUGCUGUGAAAACUAAAUUCAUCCUACCUUUGAAGGAGUGGUUUCGACUGGAUAUCUCUUUUAACGGAGGCCAGAUAGUAGUAAUCACCAGCAUUGGACAGGAUUUGAAAAGCUACCAUAAUCAGACAAUUAGCUUCCGGGAAGAUUUCCAUUAUAAUGACACUGCUGGGUACUUCAUUAUUGGAGGGAGCAGGUACGUGGCCGGCAUCGAAGGGUUCUUUGGACCCCUGAAGUACUAUCGCCUCCGUACUCUGCACCCUGCACAGAUUUUUAAUCCCCUCCUUCAGAAGCAACUUGCUGAACAAAUCAAGUUAUAUUACGAAAGGUGUGCAGAGGUUCAAGAAAUAGUGUCUGUGUACGCGUCCACAGUACAGCAAGGGGGCGGGAGCCAGGAAGCAUGUGACCUGGGGAAUUCCUACCUGGACCUGAAGUGCAGGUACGGGAGCCCUUCGACAUGCAGAGCCUUCCCCUGGGAGAAAGAGCUGAGAGCCCAGCACCCCAGCUUGUUCCAGGCCUUGCUGGAGACGGUUCUGUCGAUGGUGCCGAGGAACCAAAAUGAAUCUGUAUUAGGAAUUGGCGGGAGGAUAUUUGAAAAGGCUAUAGAGAGACUCUCCAGUGUUGAUGGUCUUCACCAAAUUAGCUCUGUCGUCCCCUUCCUGAUGGAUUCCAGCUGCUGUGGCUAUCAUAAAGCAUCCUACUACCUCGCAGUCUUUUAUGAAACUGGAUUAAAUGUACCUCGGGAUCAGCUGCAGGGCAUGUUGUAUAGUUUGGUUGGAGGCCAGGGAAGUGAGAGGCUUUCUUCAAUGAAUCUUGGGUACAAACACUACCAAGGUAUUGAUAACUACCCCCUGGACUGGGAGCUGUCCUAUGCCUACUACAGCAACAUUGCCACGAAGACACCCCUCGACCAGCAUACGCUACAAGGAGAUCAGGCAUAUGUUGAAACAAUUAGACUAAAAGAUGAUGAAAUACUCAAGGUACAAACCAAAGAGGAUGGAGACGUCUUUAUGUGGCUGAAGCACGAAGCUACCCGGGGCAAUGCCGCAGCUCAGCAACGAUUGGCACAGAUGUUGUUCUGGGGGCAGCAAGGUGUGGCCAAAAAUCCUGAAGCAGCGAUCGAGUGGUACGCCAAGGGUGCCCUGGAGACCGAGGACCCCGCGUUAAUAUAUGACUAUGCCAUUGUGUUAUUCAAGGGUCAAGGAGUAAAAAAGAACAGAAGGCUUGCCUUAGAGCUGAUGAAGAAAGCAGCUUCCAAGGGGUUGCAUCAGGCAGUCAACGGUCUGGGAUGGUAUUACCACAAAUUCAAGAAGAAUUAUGCGAAAGCGGCAAAGUACUGGUUAAAAGCAGAGGAAAUGGGGAACCCAGAUGCAUCAUACAAUCUUGGGGUCCUGUAUCUGGAUGGCAUUUUCCCAGGAGCUCCUGGAAGGAAUCAAACUUUAGCUGGUGAAUAUUUCCAUAAGGCUGCACAAGGUGGACACAUGGAAGGAACCCUGUGGUGUUCUCUCUACUACGUAACAGGCAACCUGGAGACGUUCCCUAGAGACCCCGAGAAGGCCGUUGUAUGGGCAAAGCACGUAGCUGAGAAAAAUGGCUACUUGGGCCACGUCAUUCGCAGAGGUCUCAACGCCUACCUAGAGGGCUCAUGGCACGAAGCUUUGCUGUAUUAUGUUUUAGCAGCAGAAACUGGAAUUGAAGUGUCACAGACAAAUUUAGCCCACAUCUGUGAGGAGAGGCCAGACCUGGCCGCGAGGUACUUGGGUGUUAACUGUGUUUGGAGAUACUAUAAUUUCUCUGUUUUCCAAAUUGAUGCGCCUUCGUUUGCAUAUUUGAAAAUGGGUGACCUUUACUACUAUGGCCACCAAAACCAGUCGCAAGACCUCGAGUUGUCUGUGCAGAUGUACGCCCAAGCAGCACUGGAUGGAGACUCCCAGGGUUUCUUCAACCUGGCCCUGCUAAUUGAGGAAGGUGCUAUAAUCCCACAUCACAUUUUGGAUUUCUUGGAAAUUGACCCAACUGUCCAUUCAAAUAACAUCUCCAUCCUCCAGGAACUGUACGAAAGGUGCUGGAGCCACAGUAGUGAGGAGUCCCUGAGCCCCUGCUCUCUGGCCUGGCUCUACCUUCACCUCCGGCUUAUUUGGGGUGCUGCCCUGCACUCUGCCCUGACCUACUUCCUGGGAACCUUCUUCCUGUCCAUGUUGAUUGCCUGGACCGUGCAGUAUUUCCAGUCCGUCUCAGCUAAUGGUUCCAGCCUGAUACCAGCCGGGGCCUCCCUCGACCGCACCGCUCCCACUGCAAGUCCAGCUGUGACUCCAGCUGCAGAUGCCUCAGCUCAGGACCAGCCCACAGUCACUAAUAACCCAGAGCCACGUGGGUGAACUGUGCUCCACAGUUCUCUCCAGAUGAGAGAAUCCUUUCAACAGAUGGUAUUGGCAAGCUGGGGCCAGGGCAUUAUACUGAUAAACACCUUAAAUGUCUUGUCAACUGAAUGCAAAUUUUGCACUUGGUGUCUUUUUUUUUUUAAAUCAAAUUAUAAGCAAGUACCCAGAGAAGACAGUGGUACCAAAGGCUAUCAAAUACAAGGAACAUCCUGAUCAUGGGGUGUGUCAGGGAGGUUAGCUGGGUCAUUGCAUUUCUGGUGACUCUGUGUAUCGAGAGUCACAGUUUGCCCUGCAGCAUAUUUGAAUCCUUUUACACCGAAAUGUAUUUUAAGAAUCUUAGCCCCUUGUUCGUUCCUUUUUAUUAAAUAACAGAAAAUUGUGACUUUUCUACAAGUUAGACAAUAUUCUCGUACAUGUAUUUGCCGCAGCCCUGCUCCUCGAAGUCCGAUCAACAGAUUUCAAUAUGACUUCCAACACCCAGCAGUUCUAAGGCACUUUGAAAUAAAUAGCUUAUGGCUGGAAGUACAGGGAAGGUGAUGGCUUUGUAAAUUGGUUUACAUUUUUCUCCUUGAAUUUUUCUAAGAUCGUAGUGCUUCCGAAUCAUUUAAUGACAUUGUUGGACAUUGGUUACUUUUAAAUUGCAACCCAUAAAAUAACACUUAGAAAAUUCUUAGUAUUUAAGUGUAGCCUUCUCCAUGAAUUACCCCAUUAGAAUAGACUGGCAGCAGUGGAAUAUGCAGGAAACAAGCCUUUAGCUCACAGUCUCAUCCCCACCCCUAAUACCUGCCUGAGUCUGUGUAGGGGUGUGCGUGUGUGUGUGUGUGUGUGUGUGUGUGUGUGUGUGUGUUUAAGAGGGAGAGGAAGAGCAGAUUGUCUGUACACUGUAUGCUGCUACGGUAGUAAAUAAAUCAGUAAUGCAAUAUUGUGGGUCCAAACUACUCUUUGCACUACUUUAUUUACAGUAGUAAAUAAAAAUUAUUUUUAUACCAUUGA